UCUAAAGAAAACCUCCGUAGCAGAGCUUUCUUUCCCCUUCCCUUCCCUUGGCUUCCUCCGCCGUCCCAUCGCCGCCACCUUGUGGCGCAUCAAGAAUUCGAACUCACUCGUCAAAAUAUCGAAAGCAACAACACCGGCUCAAUUUGAUUAUUAAAGCCCCCCCCCCCCUCCUUUCCAAAAGCUUGAAGCUUUUAAACCCUAAAUUGGAGGAAGGGAAUUCGUCUCCUCCCAGCUGCAGUUGCGUGCUCCAGAGAGGUGCGGAGCCUACGCUUCCAGUUGCAACGCCGACGAGCACAACGCCGCCGGCCCCUCCCUCUGAAGGAUCCUUCACCCGCCGCUCCUCACUCGGGUUGGUGGAGUGGAGUGGAGAAUUGACCGGACGAUUUGUUUCUUCUUUUGCUGAGUAUCACACAUGACAAAGGUCAUCCAUGACUCUGGAGAAGGUUUGCAGAAGGAGGCACUUGAUUUGGUCUCAUCUGAUGUUAACUUCCCCAAGGGCCGUUUCCCAGACUACCGGAUUGGGCCGAACAACCAAAUUAUUGAUCCAGAGGAGACACAUGAGGCUGUACCUCUCAGGGAGAUUGUUGCAAAGGAAACUGCACAGCUGCUAGAGCAGCAAAGGCGUCUCUCGGUGCGUGAUCUCAAGGAGAAGUUUGAGAAGGGUCUGUCUGGUGCUUCCAAGUUGUCUGAAGAGGCUAAGCGGCGAGAAGCAGCUUCAUUAGACAGGCAGGUUCUUCUGAAGAAGCUCAGAGAUGUUUUAGAGACACUGAAAGGCCGUGUAGCUGGUCGAAAUAGAGAUGAUGCUGACGAAGCUAUCUCGCUGGUGGAGGCACUAGCUGUUCAGCUGACACAACGAGAAGGGGAAUUAAUUUAUGAGAAGGCUGAAGUAAAAAAGUUGGCUAACUUCCUCAAGCAGGCUACUGAAGAUGCCCGUAAAGUGGCUGAAGAGGAAAGAGCUCUUGCGCUUGCUGAAAUUGAAAAGGCUAGAACUGCAAUAGAAAAAGUUGAGAAAACAUUGCAGUUGCAUGAUUCUGCAUCAAGUAGCAGGGAGAAGGAGGAGAUAGAGGAACUUAGGAAAGAGGUCCGAGAGGCUAGAAGAAUAAAAAUACUGCACCAGCCAAGCAAGGUCAUGGACAUGGAAUUUGAGCUUCAAGCACUGCGGACUCUCAUCUCAGAAAAAACUCAGGUUUGCAAUCAGCUAAAGAAAGAGCUUGCCAUGAUCAAGAGGCUGGAAGAGGAUAGCUUGGACCUCUUUGAGGUUGAAGGUUCUGAUACCCUUGGAUCACAGUUCCAUAUUGUCCCCCGAGUCGAUGGUGUUCCGAACAUCGCAAACUGUCCAAUUCAGUGGUACCGUGUAGUUUCUGGAGGCAUUAGAGAGCUCAUAUCGGGAGCAACCGGAUUUACAUAUGCCCCAGAACCAUUUGAUGUUGGCCGACUAUUGCAAGCAGAGAUAAUUUUGAACACAGAGAAAGUUACAGUUAAGACAGAUGGUCCUAUAAAUCAUGCUGCAGGAAUUGAACGCUAUGUGGACUCACUAAUGAAAAGGACAGAUAUUGAGUUCAACGUGGUAGUCACCCAAAUGAAUGGGCAUGAUUACUCAUCGAACUCUGUCCAUGUAUUUCACAUUGGAAAGCUGAGAAUAAAACUCCGAAAAGGAUGGUCUACAAAAGCAAGAGAGUCAUAUUCCACUACGAUGAAGUUAUGUGGGAGCCGUGGUGGUGGUAAUGCUGCAGCUAGGGCAGUUUUCUGGCAAGCUAGAAAAGGCUUGUCCUACACUCUAGCUUUCGAAACAGACAGGGACAGGAAUGCUGCAAUUAUGCUUGCUCGUAAAUUUGCAUCCAAUUACAAUGUUGCGCUCACUGGCCCAGGUGACCAAGUUCAUGGUGGCACCUGAUGAACCAUGCAUGUUUUGACAGAGACAUGUACAUAAUUAGGGUGUGGAUUGGCCGAUUGGGUACUUGUCUAUUUGUGUUUGUGAAACUAGAGGUUGUACAAGGCACGAGGCUAUCCCCUUUUCAUACAUCUUAUGGAGGCAUUCUUUUUUAUUGGCCUGCCUGCAGUUUUACCAACGUUCUUGAAACAUGACGUACAAAUCGACUAUCGUUCUUGUGUAUCACAUCUGUAACGUUUGAACAAAAAUACUUGGUUGUAAUGUAGUUUUCUCAGUAGGGAUUUCCCUCGAGUUAUCAAGAAAUGUACAGAUGCCACUUUCUGUGGUCUCCUGAAAGUCACUUAUUGAUGAUAUUCAAGUGACCUUUAGUGGAUCUGUAAUGCGUGGAAAGAUGGUUUCUACUUUGUGUACUACAACAUGGUUUAUACUUUUUUUAUUGAUUAUCUAUCGGAAAUAUGUUUGCAACUA